UUGCUUUACAAUGCUGUGUUGGUUUCUGCGGAACAACAGCCGAGAAUCAAUAGGGCAUCCGCUCCUUCUCGAGCUUCGCCCCACCCUCCAGGCCCCCAUCCCAGCCCUCUAGGGCUUCGCAGAGCGUGGGGCCGAGCUCCGGUGCCAAGCAGCAGCUUCCCGCUAGCUGUUUUACACAUCGCAGGGUACAAACGGCAAUGCCCCUCUCAGUUCCUCCCGCCCUCUCCCCCGCAUAGAUCUGUUGUCUUCGCUUUGCCCCGCGCCCCCAGUUCUCUGGAGCCCAAUUCUCUGAGUCUCCCAGCAUCCCAGGUACCGUCUGGGCGCGGGAUCGCCCAGACCCAGAGACUCGCCCAGCAAUGAAGCCGCAGAACCGCAACUUUGGUGGCAGAUCCCCAGGGUCUUGUAAACUUUGCUUAAGGACAUCCCGAGGGUUGCUCCUUUCCGGGCGUGACCUGAUGAAAAGUUUGGCAGCCUUCCUUUGAAAAAGUUGCUGAGAACUGGGACUUUCUGUGGCGUAGUAUGUGUCUCCGCGGAAACGACUGGUUGUCUUCUUUGUCUUGAUUUUGCGAUGAGUUGCUUUGUCUCCGGAGAGGAUCACUUCUGUAGACUUAACAACGUGAGUUUUAUCUGCUAAAUUAGAGAGACCAGCAAGAAAAGAAGAGCCUAUACCUGGACUUUGAGGCAUACAUUAUUUUGCUAGGAGGAUUAAAAAAAAAAAAAGUUCCCUUUUAACCACAGAACCCCUCCAUUGGAAAGGAUUCUGAAAGAAAUGAAGAAAACCACCAGAAAUGAAAUCAGUAGCUUCAUGGCCUUCUGUUGACUGGACUAGACUUUUCUUCCUGCCGUUCCUUGGAAUGACACUGUACAGGAUGUCUGCUGAGGUCAUCCAUCAGGUGGAAGAAGCACUUGAUGAAGAUGAGAAGGAUGCACUGCUUUUUUUGUGCCGAGAUGUUGCUGCAGAUGUGGUUCCACUGAAUGUCAGGGAUCUUCUGGAUAUUUUGAGAGAGACAGGAAAGCUGUCUUCUGUGAGCUUGGCUGAGCUGCUCUACAGGGUGAGGCGGUUUGACUUGCUCAAGAAGGUCUUGAAUAUGGAUGCCCCGACAGUGGAGGCCCUCCUGCACAGGCACCCACGUCUGAUUUCAGACUAUAGGGUGCUGAUAAUGGAGAUUGGUGAGGACUUGGAUAAAUCUGACGUGUCCUCGUUAAUGUUCCUCAUGAGAGAUUAUAUGGGCCGAAGCAAGAUGGCCAAGGAUAAGAGUUUCUUGGAUCUUAUGGUUGAAUUGGAGAAGCUAAAUCUGGUUGCUCCAGAUCAACUGGAUUUGUUAGAAGAAUGCCUGAGGAACAUCAACAGGAUAGACCUGAAGACAAAAAUCCAGAAAUACAGGCAGUCAGCUCAAGGACCGGACAAAAAUUAUGUAAAUGCUCUCCAGGCAUCUCUGCCAAACUUGAGUAUUAAAGAUCCUUCAUAUACACUAGGGAUCCAGAAUGGCAGGAGUAAAGAACAAAGGCUUAUGAUGGGACGACCUGACAUUCAAAGAGAACCAGUGAAGAGAUCCAUUCAGGAAUCAGGAGCAUUUUUGCCUCAGCACGUAGUGGAAGAGAGAUAUAAGAUGCAGAGCAAGCCCCUGGGAAUCUGCCUGAUAAUUGACUGCAUCGGCAAUGACACAGACAGUCUUCGAGACACCUUCACUUCCCUGGGCUAUGAAGUCAAGCGUUUCUUAUAUCUCACUAUGCAAGAUAUCACCGACAUUCUGUGCCAAGUUGCCCAGAUGCCCCAGCACCGUGACUCUGACAGCUUCGUGUGUAUCCUGGUGAGCCGAGGGGGCUCCCAGAGCGUGUUUGGCGUGGAUCAGACUCACUCUGGGGUCCCUUUAGAUCAUAUCAGAAGGAUGUUCAUGGCAGACAUGUGCCCCUCUCUCUCAGGGAAGCCAAAGCUCUUUUUUAUUCAGAGCUAUGUGAAAUCAGAGGGCCAGCUGGAGGACAGCAGCUUCCUGGAGGUGGACGGGCCGUCAGUGAAAAGUGCAGAAUCCAAGGCCGGGAAGCCUGGGGCCUACCGAGAUUUGAUUCACCGAGAAGCUGACUUCUUCUGGAGCCUGUGCAAAGCAGAUGUGUCCCUGCUGGAGGGGCCCUCCAGCUCACCCUCACUGUACCUGCAGUGCCUCUCCCAGAAACUGUGGCAAGAAAGGAAGCACUCGCUCCUGGAGCUCCACACUGAACUCAACAGCCUGGUGUAUGAUUGGAACAUCAAAGUGUCUGCUAAGGAGCGGUACUACGUCUGGCUGCAGCACACUUUGAGAAAGAAGCUCGUCCUCUCUCACAAAUAAAAAGUCAAAGUCACAGCGUGUAAGAACCUGCUUCCUGUUGUGUCUCCAUAUGUCAGAAAGCACAGAGAGAACAGGCUGUCUUAUGUCUCUUCUUAUAAGGGCACUGAUCUUGUUCAUAAGGACUGCACCACCAUGACCUAAUCCCCUCCCGAAGGCUAUCUAAUACUGUCAUAUUGGAGGGUGGACACAGACAUUCAGUUUAAAAUUGUGGCUUUCAGAUCUGAGGUUGCCUGUCUGUCUAGGAUUCACAUAGCUUUCUACAUCUAAUUAGGUAUAGUAUACCUUUCCUUGGGCUUCCCCGGUGGCUCAGUGGUAGAGAAUUCACCUGCAAUGCAAGAGUGAGUCACAGGAGAGCAGGUUCAAUCCCUGGGUCAGGAAGAUCCCCUUUGAGGACUCAUGGCAGCCCACUCCAGUAUUCAUGCAUAGAGAAUCCCAUGGACAGAGGAGCCCAGCAGGCUACAGUCCAUGGGGUCCCAAGAGUUGGACACAACUUAACAACUAAACCACCACCACCCAAAAACAGUAGAGCAUUUUUUGCAAAUGUUCAUGAAACAUUCACCACAACAGACUAUAUUCUGGGCCAUAAAAUAAUAUAUUUAAGAGGAUUGAAACCAUGCAAAAUAUAUUCUCAGACUAUGGAGAAAUUAGCCUAAAAAUAGCAUCUGAAAAAUCUACAAAUAUUUGGAAAUCAGACGGCACACUUAUAAAUACCCCCUGUUCAAAAAAGUCUAGGGAAAUUGGAAAAUAUCUUUAAUUGAAUAAAAUGAAAAUGCAAAUAGCAAAAUUUGUGGCAUACAGCUAGUAAGAUCGAUCUCUAGUUCGGCAGGCCUGGAAAGAAUCAGACACGACUGAGCCACGGAGCACGCAUGCAGUAGCUAGAAUGAUAAGGGAAAAGACAGACACAAAUGAGGAGUGUUAGUAAGAAGAGACGAAGGCAAUGGCAACCCACUCCAGUACUCUUGCCUGGAGAAUCCCAGGGACAGAGGAGCCUGUUGGGCUGCCGUCUAUGGGGUCGCACAGAGUCGGACACAACCGACGUGACUUAGCAGCAGCAGCAGCAGUAAGAAGAGAUGCCACUGCAGAUCCCAUAGGGACAUUAAAACAGCAAUAAUGUUUAUUGGCAGCUUUAUGCUGAUAAACUUUUAUGAAAUUGACUAUGUCCUUGAGAGACAAACUGCCAAAGCUCACUCAAGGUGCAAAGAAUCACAUGGACAGAGGAGCCUGGCGCGCUGCAUGGGAUCUCAAAGAGCUGGACGUGACUGAAAUGACUUGGUACACACACAUACCUUUCCUCCUUGGAUUGGAGAGCAUGGCCUGGAAGAGUAUUAUUGCUUAAAAUUAUCCUUAAAGUGGGACCUCCCUGGCGGUUCAGAGGUUAAGACUCUGCACUUCCACUGCAGGGGACUUGAGUCUGAUCCUUUCUUGGGAAACUGAUCCCACGUGGCACUUGGAGGAAAAAAAAAAUACAAAGCAAAAAACAAAGCAGCAAUAAAAAAGCAAUUAUUUAUUAAAUUAUAUUA